AGAGAGAAGAAGAAGAAGAAGAAGAAGAAGAAGAAGAAGAAGAGCAUACUUGGAUCUGUGCUGUGCCAUUUCAAAUGGAGUGAAAAAAUGAGAAGGAGAAGUGAUGAUCAAUUGUAUGUGUUUUCUUGUUUGGUUGCUAAGAAAAUAUGUGAAAUAGGAAGAAUCUUAAACAAUGGAAUAUAA